CCGAUGAACCGCGAGAAGGACGACUUCCGCUUCCGGCUUACCGUACAAACUGUGAGGCGGUAAAAAAGUCAACAUAAAGAUGGAUGUAACCGAAACAACGUCUAACAACGACACUGUAUCACAGGACAACCGGGUGCAGGUGGAAUCGAAGAAAGCAGUCGUCGAGCAGAUACUCGAAUACAAAGAGUUACUGAAGACGGUGCUGAGCGGGCAGACCGAGGUCCCAGAGGAGACCAGGCAGCUGCUGCGGCGAGAGCUGCUGGCGAACUUUGAGGCGGCGGUCCACGACAACGUUCUGGUGAACGGACAGCCGUGGGAGGACGCGCCUGACGACGGAGACGAGGCGGUGGUCCUGGAGAAUCUGCUGGACGACACCGCGGUGGAGCUGGGCCGGUGCCGACGCCGUUACCCCAAGGUCAUCCUGCACCACGUGGUGCGGGGCCUCCGGGCGGAGCGCAAGCUGAUGAGUCUGUAUGAAGAGACGGUGAAACCUCAACAGCUUGUGAAGGACCCAUGUCACGAAAGCAUCAUGACCAGUGUGUCCGCCGCAGUCCCUGGAAUGGUGAAGGAGGCGUCCCAUGUCAUAAAGUCGAUUAAAACCCUGCAAAAGCAGGUUGAAGGCCUCGGCCGGGUCCUCAACAUGAAGCCCAGCCAGGCUACUCUGGAGAUCCACGAGGCAGUGUUUGGCCCCUGUGGCCCAUUAGAGGCCGACAGUCUGUCCUUGAGCAAAGCCUCCUCCAUCAGGCAGCCAAUCAAGAGGGCUGUAGAAGAGGAGACAGCCAUGAAUUGUUUUGUCCUGCCUACUAAGAAAAGCCACUGAGUGACAUGUAAGCUUGCCAGUGUAAUCAGUGUUUUCAAAGGUCACGAUGGACUUUCUCUCUGUUCUAUUGUUCCAACCCUAUUCUAUCGUCUUCAUAACGUGUUUUUUUUUUGGCACAUAUUAUUAUUAUAUUACUUUGAAGACGGUAUUUAGUCUGUGACAACAUACUUGUGUUUGGUCAAUUUAUGGUGUAAAUAAGUAAUAUACUACCCAACCUGUACUUUUCAUAGCUUUUAAUGCGCAUGUGUAUGUUGAUCCUCCUGAAAUGGUGGAAGUACUAUAAAGUAUGCAUAUAUUCUUUGCCAGUGUUGGGGUAGUUACUCAAAAAAAGUAAUUAGCUACUUAUUACUAGUUACUUCUGUAAAUUGUAAUGAGAUUACUUUACUAGUUUGAAAAGUAACUUCACUACUUAUUACUUUACUUUACCGUUUCUUAAUUUACUGUAGAUAAAUGGACAAACAUCAUAGCCCUAUCAUCACACAUAGCAUAUAAAACCACAUGAAAGAACAAUAUCCCUGACUGCACAAAGAAAUGCCUCACUGUAAAAUCCACAAACAGGAUAAAGUAGGCUAUGGUGAUGUCAAUCGGUAGCAACACACACGGUUCAAAACACGGGCUUUGGGAAACAUGAGAACGAAAAUUAAGUGGUCAAUGAAAAAUAUAAAAAGGUCACUUUAUCCCAUACGAUUAAAACAGAAAUGCACUUAAGCGGCGGGGACACAUGCUGUUACUUUAUGUGGUCCAAAGGCUGAAUGAACCUGAUCUAUUUCGCAAACUAUGACAUUGUAAGUUUUUGUCAAAACAUUUUUUUUAUAAAUAUGAUAACAAUACAAUACUUGCUCACAAAACAAAUUGUAAUUAAACUUGUGACAAUUUCUAUUAAAUACCGUUAUUAGCUGCGUUUAUUUUGUUUACUAAACCGAUAAGAACGUUAUUAUUAUGACAGGUGCGCGUUGACUGCGCCCUGGCCGGCGUCGUGUGCAAAAUGCGCGCACCCAUGUAUAAUAUGGUAUAUCUAUGGCGUGCACGGCAGCGACAUCGAACUUCUUUGGCAGCAACCAUUAAGCAAUGGAUAUCCGAAAAUGGCUCAAAAAAAGAACACCGCAGAAGAAUCAUCUACAUCAGACCUUGACCAGAGCAGGGAGGAGGCUGGAUCUUGCUCCCCCUGGUGGAUCAAGUGCCACUGUCUUGGAACCUCUACAGUCUCCACUCCAGCUUGUUGUUCAUGAAUACUGGACAAUAUGGGACAUUUUGAGGAAAUGGCUGCUGACAUCCUGUUGUCUACAUACUGGUAGGCUGCACAAGUUACAAUUUGAAUGACAUUGUAAAAUAAUUUGUUCUCACAAAGCUAUGUCAGCAACAGCUUAUUUUAUUAAUGUAUUAAAUGUAUUAUGUUCAUAAGAACCGAUAUUUGCCAGUUGUGUUUUGUAUUUAUUUACAAUCUUGUGAACUUUAAGAA